CCCUCUGCUCGACGAGGCUUGUUAAUGGAGGACUCAGGCCGGCGCUUGACUCUUCUCCUCCUCGUCUUGCUUUCUCCCACCGUCCCCCGAACCACUAACUCGCCGGAGAAGGGUUUAAAUAUCUGCGGAAGGGGAGCUUGUUUGAUGCUCGGAGAAGCGAGCGCCUUCCGCAUCGCCGCCGCCGGCGUCCACUAGAGCUGAGGUACUUACUACGCUUGGCUGCUCCGGCGCGGGCCACCUGUUCGACGGAAUGGCUGAGAGGUCCGAAGACGACGGAGACAGCAAACCGGAUCUGGUCGGCGGCGAGGACCACAUCGGCGCCCUCCCGGACGUGCUCCUCCAGCAGGUGCUGUCGCUCCUGCCCUCUCGCGAGGCCGUGCGGACGUGCGUGCUCGCCGCCCGCUGGCGCACGCUCUGGAAGGCCGUGCCCUCCAUCCGUAUCAACUCUGCCGGCGAGAUAUACCGCAACCCUCUGGCGCUGAGCAUGUUUGCCAAUUACCUGCUUCUCCUCCGCGACCGGACGGCCCUGCAUGAAUGCGAGAUCAACUCGUACUACGGCGGGGACACCGAGGAGGCGUUCCGCUACAUCGAGCUCUGGAUGCGUUAUGCUGUGUCGUGCCAAGCUCGGGUGCUCCGGGUUCAUGUCAAAAAUGAGCUCAAGGACCUGUGUCUGUCAAACGUGUCUCUUCUCACCCAGCACCUGGCAAGGCUGGGGCUCUGCAGCGUUGAGGUUGGGGGACGCUUCCUGGAUUUUUCGGGCUGCCCGGCACUGAAGGUCUUGAAGAUGGAACAUUGCACGAUAAACGCCGGGAGGAUCUCGUCACUAUCGCUAAGCCAUCUCAUCAUCUGCUAUGGAAGUUUUAUAGCCAAUGGCCGCACUCGCAUCUCUGCCCCAAGUCUUGUUACCUUGGAACUAGACGAGUUUAUGGGUUAUACUCCUCUGCUUGAGCCUAUGCCGUCACUGAUAAGGGCAUUUCUCAGUUUAUCGGCAGGAUGGAUUUUAAAUGGCACGUUAUGUUUAGCCAGUUGAAAACAUUGUUGCUUAGUGAGUGGUGUAUGGCUGCAGACUUCAGUGGACUAAUUUACUUUGUCCAGCACUCGCCAGUUCUAGAGAGGCUUACCCUUCAUCUUAAAUAUAAUGAGGAAGAAUCUGCAAUCGAAACAGAAGAAAGCUACAACCCAAGGCAACGAUUCUUGGUAUCGAAGCAUCUAAAGGUAGUUGAAAUCAAAUGUCGCAAAGAAGACGAAAAGAUUCACCACAUUGUAAAGAUCCUUGGUACCCAUGGAGUACCUCCUGAGCGCAUUAACAUCAAGCCGAAUUUCCAUGAUUAUGGCCUCGGGUGUUUCAGUUUUGAGUAAAAGUAGUUCAGCUAGUCAACUAGUAUCUUGCUCAUUUGCACUGUAUGCCACUAAAUUUGGUGCCAUGAGGUUGCUGCGUUCUGUCUACCGGGGUUGGAUCAUGCGCCUCUAUAUUCCUUUCUGAAGAACUCAAUAUAGAAUUUCUUAUAUGGGCCAUGGGAGAGGUUGGAGGAUGGAAAAGAG